AUGGCGAGGUUUUCUUUAGGUGGAGAAGACGAUGAACCUGGAGAAGCGCCCGGGUCAAGCAGGCAAGGGUCUAAACGCCGGAAAACAUCCCGGCCACCAACACCGCCACCACCGCAACCUCCGCCGUCGAAUGACGGGGUGGAACUCCUUUAUAUAGAAUCAGAGCCUGAAUAUCCAAUUGAAGCCGAGGAAGAUGAGGAAGGGGUGGAAGCGGAGUCUUCUCAAGACGACGACGACGAUGAUGAAGAAGGAGAAGAAGAAGAGGAAGAGGGGGAGGAAAGGGGCGAUCAGGAGGAAGAGGGAUCAUUAGAGAACCAGCAACAGCCAGAUUUCAAUGAGGAUGCAUUUGACGACGAUGAGCCUGUUCGUAUGACAUUAACUGACCCGGAUGUAUUGGAUUGUCCCAUCUGCCUCGAACCACUUUCUUCCCCUGUGUUUCAGUGUGAAAAUGGACACAUAGCAUGUUCCUCCUGCUGUGUAAAGAUUCAUAAUAAAUGUCCAACUUGCGCUUGGCCAACUGGAUACAAUCGAUGUCGGGCCAUGGAAAAGGUGCUUGAAGCAGUCAGAAUCGCCUGCCGAUAUACAAAAUAUGGAUGCAGGCAGAUGCUGAAUUGCAGUGCUAAGGUUGGACACGAGAAUACGUGUUCAUUCGGACCUUGUUCGUGCCCCUUAUCAGAUUGCGGUUAUACAGGCCCCACUUUUAGUUUUUAUUCGCAUUUUGGUCGCUGUCACCCGCACUCCGCCAAGAAUUUCUUUUUCAACAAGCUCUUCUCUGUUUCUGUGGAGGUCAACCAGAAGUUGGUAGUUCUUAGAGAGAGCAAUGAAACUACCAUCUUUGUCCUAGCUCAUCAUACUGAAUACAAUGGAGGCAUGAUGAAUGUAGUUCGAAUUGCAUCAUCUUCAACACCAAGUCCAAAGCUUUCGUACAAUCUUACGGCAAAGUACGAGGACACAUCCAUUACCCUACAUUCACCUGUGGAGAGCAUCUCAAAGUGGGCGGAAUUCCCUACUCCGAGAAAAUUCAUUCUGGUUCCAAGGCAAUAUGUAUCUUCUACUGGACGGUUCCAUUUGGACGUUUGCAUAUGGAAAGAUUCAGAAGUAAUCAAACAUAUCGGCGAAGUAAUGACUUUUAAUCUUUUGAUUAUCCAAACUUUAUCUUCUUCCCGUAAUCAAAAACUCGGUGAUGGCGCCGGCAUUAUCUUGAUCACAGUUAAGUGUGUGAUUCCGCAUUUGCUCCUUUUCCAGGGCACGAGGAUAUCCACAGAUGACAUGCUUGCUACUUCUGAUAUGGAAUAUGAGGAAUUCCAGAUGCCAAGUGAAGGUGAUCUAGUUACUGACAAAAGAAAGGAUCUGGAGCAUGGAGAACCUGAAGGGAGUGGGAAGAAGAAGAAGAGGCUUGUGACAACUACACGUCCUGCUUGUUCUUGGGUGCAUUUUAGCCGUGAAUUCAUUAAACAGUACUGUGCUUCACAUCCGGGAUUGUCUGGUCUGAAAGCGGCUACAAAAGCUGCCUCAGAUGUCUGGAAAUUGAUGAGCCCUGAUGAAAAGGCAAAAUACGCCUCCCGAUCCCGUGAAGUGUGGGAUAAGUACUUGGGCACAAGUCCUGCUCGAGUUCCUAAAACAAAACACCAGCCCAAGCUAGUCACGAGGUGCUCUCCUGGUCGUUUAUUGAAUUUGAUACAAAAACUUACACCUGAACAGAAGGCUUCUGUGAAGAGCAUGGGUUUUGGUAGCCUUCUUGGUCUCAGAUGCCGAACUCUUAGGCGUAGUUUGUGCUAUUGGCUCCUGGAAAGAUUUAACACUAUGAGGCGUACGUUGGAGAUUUGCGGCGAACGCAUACCUCUAACUCCACAUGAUGUGGAACUCGUCAUGGGGUUGGCAGCUAGUGGGAAAGAUGUGGUGAAUACAGGCCCAGAUAAACUGAUAUUGGAAUUGCGCCAACACUACAAUGCUACAAAUCAAGGGAUUUCUGUGCGGCUUCUUGAAGAGCGGUUGGCAGCUCCUGGAGCAGGAGAAGAGUUUAAAAGAUCAUUUGUUCUUUAUGUAUUAGGCACUCUUUUGUGUCCUACUGCAAGAUUGGAUGUGAGCCCGGCAUUUCUUCACUUCCUGGCAGAUGUGGAUGUUAUUCACCAUUAUAAUUGGGGAAAGUUUCUGCUGGAUCGGCUGGUUCAGGAGGUGGCUCGUUAUCGUCAGGGAAAGCAACGAGCUGUCGGUGGUUGUCUAUUGUUUCUGCAGCUAUUCUACUAUGAAUGUGUUGCUGUUAACGGGUUGCAUGACCUCCCCCCUGUUUCGUUUCCUUGCUUACACUUAUGGGGUGAAGAAGAAAUUAGCGAGAGAGAGAAGCAAGAAAGAGAGCUUGGUGGUUAUGGUACUGGAGAGGUGAUUUGCAAGGAGAGAGGCCUUGGGAUCGGACUGCAGGGAUGCAAAAAUCAGGUUGCCGUUGCACCCCUCAAGUUUCUAGAACCUCAGCUUGAGCUUUGCCCUGCACACGAACAGAAUGAGGACUUGGAAAGCAUGCCACUAAAUGACAGGGAUGGGACUGAAGUUUGUGGGGACAUUACUGUUCCUGAUGCUGUUAGAGGACCAUGUCGAAACAUGGAAUACGGGUGCCCAGAAAUUGUAGAUUAUGUAACUAGAACCAACCAUGAAAAGACUUGCACUUUUGCACCGUGUGCAUGCCCUCUUAGGAAUUGCGACUUCGUGGGGUCAUCUGGGCAGUUAGCACUGCAUUUUAGCAGUAAACACUGGGAUUCAGGGAGACGCUUCCAGUAUGACUGCCCUCUCCAAGUUUCUUUGGGCAAGGAUGAGACCUGCCUUGUUCUGCAAGCAGAGAAAGAUGGUGUUCUGUUCCUCCUCAAUAGAGGAACAGAAAGUAUAGGGCAUUACCUUAUGAUAACUUGCGUUUGCCCAAGCUCAUUGAAGGAGCAAUUCUCUUACAACCUUGGAUCAGAAAGAGGGAGUUGCUCUGUAAGAUUAAAGUCAAUCGCUCGUAAUUUCCCUGGCAGGAUUGAAGAUUUCUCCCCUGUGGACUUUCUUCUAGUUCCCUUUGCUUAUGUCAGCUCAUCUGGCCAUCUAGAUUUAGAAGUUUGCAUAUGGAAUUCAAGUGCCGAGGUGCAAGUGUAG